AUGAAAUUCGCAAUUGGAGACGACGUUGGCCAGGUCAAAAUAAUAACGACCACCCGCGGAAUCGACACCUCCGUCCAGACCUCCGCCAGAGCAAAGAUUGUCUCCUUCCUCGAGCCAAAUCGUAAUGCCGCAAUCCAAUCAAUGCAGGUCCUGCGGUUCCGCGGCCGCGACGGUAUCAUCGCAGCAGCAUCAAAAGGCGGUCUAAUCCGCUUCCUCGACCCUACAGUCUCGCCGCUCGCCCCAGAGGACGAGCAGAUCCUCCACACGCACCAGCUCCCCGGCGGCACCGACACAGACAUCAUUGGGCUCGGCCACACGGCCAGCGGGAUACUCUACGCCGCGACCUCCACAGGCCACAUCGAGUUCCUCACGCAGUUCGCCGACGAGUCCAGCACCAUCGCAGUCUCCACCCACGACUUCCCCGGCGACUUCUCCGCCGUCGGCGUACACGGCGAGCAGCAAAGCGGAGUCCCAAAAGCGGUAGCACUCGGCGGGAAGGACCGCGACGUCGAGAUCUGGGAGAGCUCUGUCUCGGACGGCAAAGCGACAUGGAAGUCCGUAUGGAAGGCCAAGAACGUCAAGCCCACAAAACUCGGCCUUGAGGUCCCCGUGUGGGUCUCAAAUAUCAUAUUUCUCCCCUGCUCACCACCACCGCCGGCCCCCGCGGUAGUGCCAGGGAAGGGACGAAGACAUGCGCCAGCUCCUGCAACGACAGAGGCAUACCGUCUCGCCGUAUCCACCCACCACUCCCACCUCCGCCUCUACGACACGACGGUAUCCCGUCGCCCAGUCUUCACAGAGACGCUCUCACGCACACCGAUCCUAACGCUCCAUCUACACCCCUCCACACCCGCUGACGCAGACUCGCCACUAACGUCGGCCAAGGAGUCGCCCGAGACCACGACCACGCUGCAGGAGCUGCACUUUGUGUACAGCGACAAGAACGGGCAUUUCGGGCUUCACAGCACGGCGACGCGGCGCUCGCUCGGAAUCUACAAGGGCAGCACCGGCGCUGUGUUGGCGACUGCCGCGGAGGGGGGGCUGGUGGCGGGCGUGGGGUUCGACCGCUAUCUGUGGGUGUAUGAUGGUGAGGAGCGGGACGUGGUGAGCAAGGUGUAUGUCAAGACGAAGGGCACGGCGGUGGUUGUGCUGGAUGGAGAGGAUGAGGUGGUGGUGGUGGAGAAGAAGAAGGACGAGGAGGCCGAGGUGUGGGAUGAGUUGGAGGAGGUCGGGGAUGAGGAUCUCGGCAGGAAGAAGGGGAAGGGCGCGGAGGAGAAGGAGGACGAUUAUACGGAGGCUUUGGUCACGAUCAAGAGGAAGAAGAUGUCGAAGCCCCCCGGAGGGGAUAAGAAGAGGAGGAUCGCGUAG